AGUGUCAGCAGAUAGGAAAUGGAAGUGAAGGAUCUUCAUCGAUACAUUAGCAGUGCUAUUAAAUGUCUAUCAGUGUGAUCGAUUAAAGACCGAUACUGAUGAACGGAGCUCAUGGAGGCCCAUGAGGAGAAGCCCAUAAUCUACACGAUGGAGAACAAACCCAUAGUGACCUGUGCAGGCGAUCAGAACCUCUUCACUGCGCUGUGCAGCUCACUGACCCAGCAGCUGUCCAGAGAGCCCAUGGAGUGGAGGAGGUCUUAUGGACGAGCACCAAAGAUGAUCUACCUGGAGGCCAAUUUUGUGCAGUUUAAAGAGGAACUGCUUCCUAAAGAGGAGAAUAAAGCGCUGCUCACAUUCCCAUUCCUGCACAUCUACUGGACGGACUGCUGCGACACAGAGGCGUAUAAAGCAUCGGUUAAAGAGGACAUGCAGCGCUGGCAGGGUGUCCUGCGUCUUCACGGCUCUGUUGAUUGGCUCAUCGUGGUGGUGGAGAGCGACAACAAGAAAAAGAACAAAACAAACAUCCUGCCGCGCACCUCCAUCGUCGACAAGAUCCGCAACGACUUCUGUAACAAACAGAGCGACAGGUGUGUGGCUCUGUCGGACCCUCUGAAGGAGUCGUCUCGAUCGCAGGAGUCGUGGAGUUCGUUCCUCACUAAACUGCGCACGCUGCUGCUCAUGUCCUUCACCAGGAAUCUGGGUCUCUUUGAGGAUGAGAUGAGAACACUACGAGAGAAACGCACAGAGCCCGGCUGGAGCUUCUGCGACUACUUCAUGGUCCAGGAGGAGUUGGCGUUUGUCUUCGAGAUGUUGCAGCAGUUUGAAGACGCUCUGGUGCAGUAUGAUGAAUUAGACGCUCUUUUCACACAGUAUGUGCUGAACUUCGGCGCUGGAGAUGGCGCUAACUGGCUGGGCUCAUUCUGUCAGCCGGUGCGGAGCUGGAACGGACUGUUGUUACGUCGACCCAUCGAUAUGGAGAAACGCGAGCUGAUUCAGCGAGGAGAGGCCAGUCUGCUGGACCUGCGCAGUUAUCUGUUCUCACGUCAGUGCACACUGCUCAUCUUCCUGCAGAGACCCUGGGAAGUGACGACACGAGCACUCGAACUGCUGCACAACUGCGUACAAGAGCUGCGACUGCUCGAGGUGUCAGUUGUCAGUGGUGCAUUGGACUGUUGGGUGUUUCUCAGCUGUCUGGAGGUGUUGCACAGAAUCGAGGGCUGCUGUGACCGCACUCAACUAGAGGCAAACUUUUCACACACUGUUGGCCUGUGGACUUAUGCUACUGAGAAGCUUAAGUCUCUGGGUGAUCUGUGUGGUCUGGUGUCAGAAAACGGCCCAAACUCUGAAGACCUGAACAAAACCGUUGACCUGCUGGCCGGUCUGGGAGCAGAGAGACCUGAAACAGCAAACAGCCUUCAGAGUCCAUAUAAAAAACUCAAAGAGGCGUUAUCAUCUGUAGAAGCAUUUGAGAAACAAUAUCUGGAGCUGUCUCAUGCUGCUAUGGAGAUGUACAGGGCGAUUGGGCGACUGCGUUCAGCUCGACUGCUGGGGAAGAGUCUGGCUGAGUUCUACAUGAGGAAGGGUGACCCUCAGAGUGCUGAGAACUUCCUGCAGGAUUCUCUGAAGUCAUACGUGUCUGAGAGCUGGAGUUUACCGCUCACACACACACGCAAACAGGUCGCAGAUUGUCAGAAACGACUACAGAAGAUGGACGAAUACCUGCAGACCAGCGCCCUGCUUGCCAGCAAUGCCAACCUGAGCGACGAGGAGAGAACACACUUCUGCCAGGAGAUCCUGACCUUUGCCAGCGAGACCCCAGAGGGCAAAGAGCAUUGUGUCGCUCUCAGCAUGAGUUCAUUCACGCAGCUGCAGGAGUUGCAUUUCCGCCCGGCCUCUGCACUUGUUCACGUUGGCGCUGCACUGCAGCUGGAGUUGCGUCUGUGCAGUCUGAUGCCCAUGGCUGUGCACGUGGAGCAGCUCGCCAUCAGUGUACACUUCUCGCUGGAGCAGCCCGGGACUUCGGCUCAGAAAUGCUCGGGUCAGAGCGCAAACGGUACCAUCAUGUUCCCGGCGGUGAGUCCGGUGACUGCGCAGCCGGCGCUCGAGCUCUGCGAGAUUCAGGAACACAGUCCAUCUGAUAACGCGCUCAACUCUGCCGGUGUGAUCUGUAAGAACAUGCACCUGCUAAUGCGUCGCCAUGACAGCACCACAUCCCUGGACACGCCCACCAUGAUACCAUCUGCCGUUGCUAUGGAAGACGGUGCUCAGACGCUGAAGACGAAUGAUGUCACUCUGUUGCCUGGCAACAACAGCAUCAUUUUCACUGCACCGAGUCAGAAGCCGGGCACAUAUACUCUUCGGCAGCUAUGUGCUACAUUGGGGCGAGUUCAGUUUGUUCUGCCUCAUAUUUACCCUCUUGUGCAGUAUGAGGUUUACUCACAGGAACCACAGCUCACCAUCCAACCCCUCACAGACAACCUGUUGGCCGGCUUACCUCAGCAGGUGAAAUUCACCAUCCUAACGGGUCACUACACAGUGAAGAAGGGUGAUGCACUUCAGUUGAGCAACACUGACUCGAUGCUGGUGCUGCACUGUGCCACAUGUGCCGCACGCAUCCUGAGCAGCAAUGGAGAGCUGGUGGGUGAGAGCGCUCUGUCCAUCCGGUCGUCUGAGAAGAUGACGAGCAUCUCUCUUCCUGUGACUCCACCCUAUCACACGCUGGAGUUCCUGCUCGACGUGCUGUGUCAUAUCCCUUCAUGCCCUGCGCGCAUGGAGAGCGAGCGGCUCACGAAUGGCGAGAUAAGUCAUCGUUCGCACAGCAGAACGCGGUUUAACAGUGGAAUGACCAUCAUAGACCAGAAGGUGUCUGUUGAUUGCCCCUGGUCCAUUUACUCGACUAUAGUCUCUCUCAUGUUCCACGUGCCCUUUAAAGUCAAACACACACUGUUGUCUGCAGGAUGCAGGAAGUUCAUCCAGAUUUGUCUUCAGAAUGUAUCAGACACUAAAUUUAAGCUGACCAAUCAGACACUCGCCGAGAAUCAACAAACACCUUCACUGGAGCUGAUCUCACUCAGUACUAACACACACAAUGUCAUCAUCAGUCGUCAAUGUGUGUUCAGCAUUUGGGAGCUGCGUUGGUCCGGUGCGCCACCACUGUCUCUGCAGUGUGUGUUCUCUGCCAGCUUCACUCCUGCAGACGCACCUGACGCAGCACUCAAACCCUACAGCUACGACUUCACGCUGGAGAAAGUUUCUACGUUGUACAGCGUGCAAGCAGAGAUCUGUCCGGCUGCGGAUGAGCAGCACUGUCACACCGGAUCCCUCUGCAGACUGGAGGUGUCACUGACACGUCUCACAGAACCCAGUGAGACAGACAGAUCAGACGAGGAGUUUAGUGAGACAGGAGGACUACGCACGUCCAGACUCAUGUAUGAAGUGAUUGAUAACAACAGUAACUGGGCAGUGUGUGGCAAAAGUUCAGGGGUUGUGUCCAUGCCAGUUGCCGCCAUGGCAACACACAAGGUUCAUAUGGAGAUCAUGCCGCUGUUUGCUGGACACCUGCCGUUCCCGAACAUUCGAGUGUUCAAAUACCUGCCUCACCACACGAGCCCUGUCAUCCAGCCUGACACAGAUUCGUGCCUGGAGAAUGAUAACCUGUCUCUGCUGGAUAAGGGUUUGGAUGAUCAGGGCGACACGGCGAGUCUGCGCAGCCGAGGGAGUAUUCACUCUCUGGGCAGUGGCGAGCAGCAGCCGCACGGUCUCCCCAUGCCAAAGCGUGAGACGUUCGGCCCCGGUCAGGUGUUUAAUAGCACACAGGGCCGCCAGGUGCUAGUGCUGCCUGCCGCGGAUGAUCACAUCAUGGAAGUCAAUGUCACAUGACCCCUAUGGACGGCCCCACCCCGUCUCGUCCUGGACGCCCCUGUGUGCACCCUCAGCGGACCAGAGACAAGGAGCGAGAGGGGCGUGGGUGACGGGGAGUCUGGUGUCCCCAAUUUAGGAACCGACAGGCGGAUGUUGGCCAUUGGUCUGACUUGAAAACAGGAACACAAACAAAAACAAACUGAUAUCAUUUGAGCCUGAGGAUUAUCUGCUGUCUUAAUACUUUUAUUUUAUGUCAUUUUUACCACGUCAUGCACUUAUUGUUGCGCUCCACUGCGACAGACACUAGAUGGCACAAAAACACUCUUCCUGUCUUGAACAUCCCAUAAAGACUGUUCCCAGGGAGAUUCACACAUUUAUAAUGCCCUAUUUGCCAUUUCUGCAUCUCUGUGUUUGUUUGUAUGUGAGAGACUCAAACCUGCUGCGUAAAACCAAAUUUGACAACUGUGUCAAAAAUCAAAAAUAGUCGAGGAAGCUUUUCUGUUCUUGGGAGUCUUUGUUGACUUGGACACACUCUUGACUGCUUACAUCCCGCAUCAUGUGUUGCCAUGACAACCCCAAGGGUUCAUGUUCCAUCGUGAAUGAUGGAGCAUUUAUUUCACUCAACGAUCAUUCAUAUUUACACUCUGCAGUCAAAAACGGAGUGAAUAAUCACAAUAUAAAAGGCCAAAACUGAUCCUAGAACAGCAGUUUCACAUGUAUGACUGUCACUUUUGAUUUCACAUAAUAAGCACUAUUUAUUUUUCCGGGUUCCUCUGAUUCCGUUCCGGGACGUUUGUAUUGGGCUGAUGAUCAUUCACGGAUUUUGUGACUUUCUCACACGGGACAUUCUGGACUUUUGGGGUGUAAAACAGGUGUUAAGGUUUCAGUCCGUGACGUCAGGAACAGUUUUCACAAGCUCUUUGUAAAUUCAGUCAAUCAAAUAUCACAGAUUGUAUUUAGAUUAUUUAAAUUAAAUACAAAUGUACGCAUUCUACAGCUGAAAAUAUACAUAUGUUUUAAAAAGAUAUUUGUGGUCUUGUUUCCCUGUUUUAAAAAAAAGAAUAAAAUCCUUUAGUUCCUUUGAAGGAUUGGAUGGUUAAAGACGACAAUUAUACUCACACUUUAUUAAAGGUUGUAAAGAAUCCAGGUCUCUUAAGCAACCAAA